AUGCUAACCGCUGUCUGUGGCUCUCUGGGCAGCCAGCACACCGAAGCGCCUCACGCGUCACCGCCGCGCCUCGACCUGCAGCCUCUCCAGACAUACCAGGGUCACACGAGCCCGGAAGCCGGGGACUACCCCUCCCCGCUGCAGCCCGGAGAGCUGCAGAGCCUCCCGCUGGGCCCGGAGGUAGACUUCUCACCGGGCUAUGAGUUGCCAGGGGCCUCCUCGCGGGUAACCUGCGAGGACCUGGAAAGUGACAGUCCCUUGGCCCCGGGACCGUUUUCCAAGCUCCUGCAGCCGGACAUGUCACACCACUACGAAUCGUGGUUCCGGCCGACUCACCCAGGCACCGAGGAUGGCUCGUGGUGGGACCUUCACCCCGGCACCAGCUGGAUGGACCUCCCCCAUACUCAGGGAGCGCUGACCUCACCUGGCCACCCGGGGGCGCUUCAGCCUGGUUUGGGCGGAUACGUCGGAGACCACCAGCUCUGCGCUCCGCCGCCCCACCCGCACCCGCACCACCUCCUCCCGGCCGCUGGUGGGCAGCACCUCCUGGGCCCACCCGACGGGGCCAAGGCCCUGGAAGCGGCGGCCCCGGAGUCCCAGGGGCUGGAUUCCAGCCUGGAUGCGGCGGCCCGACCCAAAGGCUCCCGGCGGUCCGUGCCCCGCAGCUCAGGGCAGACCGUGUGUCGCUGCCCCAACUGCCUGGAGGCGGAGCGACUCGGGGCUCCGUGCGGGCCCGAUGGGGGCAAGAAGAAGCAUUUGCACAACUGCCACAUCCCGGGCUGCGGGAAGGCGUACGCCAAGACGUCGCACCUGAAGGCGCACCUGCGGUGGCACAGCGGCGACCGGCCCUUCGUGUGCAACUGGCUCUUCUGCGGCAAGCGCUUCACGCGCUCCGACGAGCUGCAGCGCCACCUUCAGACCCACACGGGGACCAAGAAGUUCCCUUGUGCGGUGUGCAGCCGCGUCUUCAUGCGCAGCGACCACCUGGCCAAGCACAUGAAGACCCACGAAGGCGCCAAAGAGGAGGCGGCGGCGGCGGCCCAGGGCGAGGCCAAGGCCGGGGGCGUGGUGGAGCCGGCCGGGGGCAAAGGCAAACGGGAGGCUGAAGGCAGCUCGGCGUCCUCCAACUGAGCCCCGUGGAUGGCGCAUCCCUGCAGUUCUUUAUUGGGGAGGGGCGGCCUGAGUAAGAGGGAGGAGGUCGUUAUUUAUUGAUGGUGAGGGCUCAGGGCGAGGAACGCUA